CACCCUUGGCGUCAUGAUGACCACGAGGAUAGAAUGCAUGACAAAAAAAAAAAAAAUUUAAAAUACACAUGUGGGUUGUCUUGUCAGACCCAGAAUACCGACAGAUCUGUUUUAAAAUACACGUUUAUAGUUUCCUCUAUUCUUAUUCGGAGUUUAAGACGCACAUGUUAUAAUUCACAGUAAAACUGAUAAAGAAAUUGACUUGUAGGAUGGAGUAUUUGCCGGACGCUAAUGCCAGAUAUAAGGAUGUGGACUACUGGAAUGAACGGUACCGGACGGAGGAGAGCUUCGAGUGGUUCGGGGACUUCACUAAAUUUGACCAUCUGCUCAAACAGCACGUGAGAACGGAAGAAAACAUUUUGAUGCUAGGUUGUGGUAACAGUGCUCUGAGCUAUGAUAUGUACCGGGCUGGCUACACCUCCAUCACUAAUGUGGAUUACUCCAGUGUUUGUGUGGAGAGCAUGGCGGAGAGACACAAGGACUGCGCUCAGCUCAGCUGGCUGUGCAUGGACGCCCGGCGACUGGCCUUCCCUGAUGGUGUGUUUGAUGUGGUUUUGGAGAAGGGAACUCUGGAUGCCAUGCUGGUGGAGGAGAGCGACCCGUGGAAGGUCUCAGAGAAUGCGGCCCGACUGCUGCACCAGGUUCUCUUGGAGAAGGAAACUCAUGCAGGUUUGAAAAAAUUAAGGGUCAGUCGUGUUUUGAAACCCGGUGGCCGUUUCAUCUCUGUCACGUUUGCGCAGCCACAUUUUCGUAAGAGACUCUACGCUCGAGCGGAUUAUGACUGGUCUAUCAAGCACUAUCACUAUGGCAGCAGCUUCCACUACUUCCUCUAUGUUCUCACCAAAGGGGAGGAGCUUAGCUCAGAGGAUGCAGCAUUGGAGAGGAGACUGCUUGAGGAAGCUGAGGCUCCGCCCACCGAUGUAAGAUUUCAAGAAGCGGAUUCUGAGGACUUCCUGAAUAACAUUGGAUUAUAGGGACUUGUACAACAUCUAUCAAUCAAGAGACUGCUGACAGAAGUUGUACAGCAUUCUUAUACAUUUUUUAGGCUCCUAACCUAGUUCACCCAAAAAUUACACUUCCUCUCCCUCAUGUUGUUCUAAAUUCAUUUGAUUAUUAUUUUUUUCUUCCUUGGAACAAAACAUUAAAAAAUGGUUGUUGUUGUUGUAGUUUUUAGAGUUUGACAUGCCCCGUCUCCAUUCACUUUCAUUUACAUUUGUGUUCCAGGGAAGAAAGAAAGUCAUACAGGUUUGGAACAACAUAAGUAAGAGUAAAUCAUAACAGAAAUGUAAUUUUUGGGUGAACUAUCACUUAAUCAGUUUUCUUGACUAAAAGAGGAAAUGAUUACUCAAUACUUGGACUUGGAAUAACUAUAUGCUUUUAAACAAUUUCUUUUAAAUAUCUUGUAUAUAUUUUUUUUAAAGCCUUUUUUUAACCAUGUUUUUUUAGGAUGCUUUGAUGUGAAUUUGUACUCUGUCUGUUCUGCAUUUUCCCUCUCUCUAUCUCUGGCCUAUUUCUCUGUGCGAUUGUGUUGAUUUGUUGUGUUGAUAGGUUGAGUGCUUGACACCUGCACACUUGUGCAGAGACAAAUCUGUCACAAACGCUUCUCAAACAACAAAUAAACAGCCAGACAGAAAACAAACAGCCCUGCUGUGUGCCAGAAUAUGACAGACGUGUCUGCGCUCUUUUGGAUGAGGAAUGGCUGCAGCGAAUCGGAGGAGGCCAUUAAUAAACCAGAAAUCAUUUAUUUUUAAUUUAGCUCUGGAAUGUAAUUACCGUCUAUUUUUAAGACUUGAGGAAGGUGCCUGAAUUUCAGAACAGCUUCCUGUGUGCCAGUGUGAACAUAGAUUGAUUUUUAUAGUAAAUAGAGGAAAGUUAUUCUUGAACCAGGAGAGACCAAAACAUAUUUAAACCCACACUAUGUCGUGGGUGGUUGCCGAGGUGUUUUUAGAAUGUUGCUAAGGGGUUCCUAGGUUGUUUCUACACAAAAGGCCACCCCAAAAGAGAUGGUUGUAUCCCUAAAUAUGCAUUGGGUAAAUCUAUGGGAUUUUUUCAUCCAUUUUAUUGUAUUCCAGGCAAAACCCCCCCAAAAAAGUAAUAGCACGCCUCUUUUCCGUAACUUGCGCAAUUUGAAGAACUCUUCAUGUCCAUGUGGAAUGAGUUAUGCACCCAUAUUAAAACGGAAGGUGAUGGAUUUUGGUGAGCAUGUACCAUUAAAUAGUAGCGGUUCAUAUACCAGUAGCAGUUUCAUAAAUUUUUAGUUCAGAGUUGAUUGUGUCCAGAUUGAAUGCGUUAUCUGUGAAAGCUGAUGAUGUAGUCACAGGUCUUUCCCCUUCACUGAAGCACUAAGCAAUGACGUCAGGCCAGGGACGGUAUCAGAUGGAUGCUGGUAUCAGGUGAGCUGCACGUAUCAGGUGUAUAUUUAUUCUGUGAUCGUAUCCUCACGACAUGCUGUGUGGCAGUUCUUCAGGAACCAAGUGCUGCCUAAUCACCAUAAAGCUGCUGCACAAAACAGGAGACCCUGAUUAGUCUAAUGGCUGGUUAUGUGUUGUUUACCCACACGCAAGCUUUACUUCAUAUUGACAUUUAAGACCAUGAUAUUCAAUAAUGUACUUUUGAAUAAUUGAUUAUGAGUCAUUUCAGAAGUGUACUUGUGAGAUAUUUUCUGAGCUGGAGAAGCUGUCUUGGAGAAGAACUGAAACAGGUCUUGUAUAGUACACAGCAAAUUUAAUUCUGUAUGUUAUGGACAGUUGGUAUACUGACAACAAUAUUGCCUUGUUUAAAAGUUGAAAAAAAGAUUAAAAAACCUUGAGGUUUAAUUAAUUUGAAUGGAUGGAUGGACAGACAGAUGAACAGGUGGAUGAUGGGUGGAGAGACAGGAAGAUAGAUGGUUAGAAUGGAUGGAUGGAUGGUUAGAUAGAUGGGCAGACAUACAGAGAGGAGGAUAGACAGACAGAUGGGUGGAUAAAUUAAUGGAUGGAUGGGCAGACAGACUGAUGGAUGGAUGGAUGGAUGGAUGGGUGAAUUGAUACGGACAGAUGAAUGGAUGGAUGGAGAGAAGGGCAGAUAGACAAAUAGAUGAUUAGUUGGAUGGAUGGAUAGAUAGAUUGCAGAUAGAUGGAUAGACAAACAAACAGACAUAUGGAUGGAUAGAUGGGCAGAUAAGACAGAGAAUGACAGACAGAUAGGUGGAUAAAUAGAUAGAUAGCUGGAUGGAUAGACAGACAGAUGGUUGGUUAGGUGACAGACAGAUAGACAGAUAGACAGACAGACAGACAGACAGACAGACAGACAGAUAGAUAGAUAGAUAGAUAGAUAGAUAGAUAGAUAGAUAGAUAGAUAGAUAGAUAGAUAAAAUACAACUAAAAUUCACACUCAUCAUGAAUUGAAAGUGAACCUGAUCUUUAAUUCAAAAUUUUGCCCAGAGCUGCUUUGGAAUGAUUGUCAAUAGAGAAUGAAGCUUUUUAGGUCCAGAUGGUGUAGUUACGACAUCUACCAGCAGGGGCUAACCAGACCGGCUAACCUGCCAAACCUUGACCCCAUUGGUGCAUCCCUGCCUUUAGUUUACAGACAGAUCCUUUUCAUGAGUCACUGUUAUUGCACACACAAGAAAAGAAUCAGAAAUGAUCAUUUGACCCUUCAAUAUCAUUAAUCAAAGACUGAGAUCCGCCUGUUCAUCAAAGCUCAUGUUUCUGUUCUGUUGUUGAGCUGGGGGAGGGGUCAGGACACACCAUUACAUCAUCAUCCAGCAGCGGCAGCAACAACAUAGGCUGUGGUAUUGAUAUCAGACACAUAAACCCCUGCUCACAGCCAGCCAGCUCCACUGACAACACUAGGGUAAACAUUGCACUAAGCUGCACUACGCACAGAGACGUGUGUGUGUGUGUGUUUGAUCACUACCGUUCAUAAGGUCAAAGCAGGGACAUUUUUGGUUCAGAGGACAGCACUUAAAAAUCUAAUCGGCUGAUUUCAUUCAUUUGUUUAAAACAAACGGUUUAGCUAACUCUUAUCCUCAGUACAGCAUCUCUCCGUUAUGUGCAGGGUCAUGUUACGAGUUGAAAAAUCUAAAUUAAAUUGUAAUUUAAAUUUCGACUGAUGCAGGUUUUUUUAAUGGCCCAUUCUGAUUUCUAGAGACCUAGGUAAUAUAAUGCUGAUAAAUACAUAGUAUGGUUUAAUGAUAACACAUUAACUAUAUUUUGGAACUGACAUAAGCCUCUAAAAAAUUGACCCGUUUCUGGUGUCGUCGAAUAUAGCCAAAAAUGGCAGUCACACUUCAUUUUAAGGCCUAAUUCUCGCUAUUAACAAACCUUUUACUAUGACUUUUGCCUUAAUAAACUCCUAAUUUGCUGCUUAGUUAGUAACUUAGGUAGUUGUUAAGUUUAGGUAUUGGGUAGGAUUAGGGAUAUGGUCAUCCAGAAUAUGUGUUUUAUAAGUACUAAUAAACAGCCAAUGUUAAUAACAGGCAUGCUAAUAAGCAAUUAGUUAACAGUGAGAAUUGGUCGCCAUACUAAAGUGUUGCCAUAUUGGCAAAUACUGGCACCUUUUUUGAUACGGUAAAUAUGAUAUAUCAGUCUGUCACUGUAGUUUAAAGAAAUUUGGUACAAACUCGUUUUUGGUUUAAGUCAAUUUGUUUGCUUUUAAUGUGGUUUGCACGUGUUAUUCUGGGUCUGGUUUUGGAUGGAAGGAUGGAUUUUAGAUGGAUGGAUGGAUAAAUUGAUUUUUGAUGGAUGAAUUUGUAGUUUACUUGUAUUAGUGUUCUUCAAACGUGUGUUCCGGAUUGAACGCCGACCUGAAACACCAACAAUGCAUUGCAAUCCAUUAAAUUUCUCUUUCUGUCAUUUCCAAUUCAGCUUCCUUAAUGGUGUGGCCAGUUCAAUUCAAGUUCAAUUGCUGUAUAUAUUCAGUAUAGUAGGGAUUUCAGGUAAUUCCUGGUAUGUAUCUCUUCAAUUGCAUAAUGGUGCAACAUACAAAAGUUAUUUUAAUGAUGAGCUGCAGAUUCUGAAACAACAUUCUUGUUCCUAUUCCAUGAGCUACUCCUAAACUCAAAGCGAAAUGUUAGGAUGAAUGUUAAGUCCCAAGCCAAUCCCUAAACCCAAUACUAAAACAUGAUUGGUUGACUGGAAUGUUGUACUACAACCAACCAGGAUGUAUAUCCAGGAUCAUGUCCUACUUGUCCUUGGAUAAUCAUGGUAAGCAGAGCCACACUGAGCCAUGUGAUGAGCCAUUCAACCAUCUUUUGCUUAUCGGUUCCUGUUGUCUCUCUACAAUUCUUUUUAAAAGUAUAAAAUGCCAAAAGUAUGAGUAUUUGGUUUGGCAGUAUGACAUUGACAUCAAUUCCUGAAUCUGUGCAUAUUUAUGGUUCAAACACUUACACUUUGACACACAGUGGCAUUAAAUGAGAAUUUACUGCAAGAAAACGUUAUUAUCGCUAAUGAUGGAGCACCAAAUGAAAGCUACAAACUGGGAUGAAUCAAGGACAAUGCUUUUAAAUCAAAUGUCUUUCUCUCGUGCUUUUCAUUUCUUCGGGCAGAGAGCUCAUUCUUUGAGAAUCUUAGAAUGUCAUCUCCCCCUCUUUCUUCCGUUAUCACGCUGUCAUUAUCUGCCGAGAGUAGGGCUUUCCAUAUUGGGUCAGGCCACAGUGUCGCUCAGUCACUCCAGAGCUGCCGCGGGCCGCCUGUCUGUUCAGAUAGUGUAUCAGUAAUCUCCAGCUCUGAGCAGCCUGUGUGAAGCGCUAAGGAUUCCCCUGGGCAUUGGAGCCGUUCAGGAACACUGCAACAGCCAUGAAGGUGUAUUAAUAGACUGAGAUGGUGAAGCUGAGUGUCCUUGACUGCUCUUGAGUGACUGUCUGAUGGACUUUCUGCUGUGCGCGGACCUCGUCGAGUCUCGAGAGUAAACACGCACAGAUGUCAGGAUAACUGCUGAGGUUAAACUGCCAUUGAUCAUCUGAAAAUCGUUUGGAAAUUUUAGUGGCCAAACUUGAGCUUGGGUCAACUGGAGUUAUAGAACGUUAUCAGGAUCAGAUGAGUAUUGGAGUUUAGAUUGAUUUAGGUAAGCCUGACUUGUUUCCAGAUGGAUCCUGAGCCUCAUUGCACACAUCGGACAUAGCUGACCUAAAGCCCACUCAUGGCCGCAUGAAGGCACAGAUCACGGAUAAAAGCCAUUGAUUCUCUUGCGGUUGAAAUGCACACAUUGUAUCGGAGAUGUGUGUCUGACUGUGUGUGAAGAAAAACAUCAAUAUUGCUGUAAAAUCUAACUGCAUUUCAGAGUGUUCGGAGUAAACAGGAAGCAGCGUGUGGCUUUAUCCAAGCUGUGUAGAAACAAUAUUCAGCUUAAAUGAACAUCCUUUAGAAAAAAUCAGCACUAACAUCCUGAUUGCGUUUUUACUUGGUCUGUUUGCUAGCUUGAUUUUAAGGUGCCAUAUCUUCUUUUAAAGAGAAAGUUCACUCAAAAUGAACAUUAUGCUAUCAUUUACUCACCCACAUGUCAGACCAAACCUGUAUGACUUUCUUUCUUUAGGGAAACACAAAAAGAAGAUAUUUUGAAGAACAUUGGGAUCCAGACUACAUUGGACCCAGUUGACUUUCAUUGAAUGGAAUAAUCCACUUUAAUGUCAACCCAAAUCUGUUUGACCUUCUUUCUCCUGCAUAGCACAAAAAAAGAAACAAUAUAUUUUGGAGAAUAAAAAACACGGGACCCCAUUGAU